AUCGUGCCUUAAAGCUGAUGCUGAGAGAGAGAGACCCUUCUUCUCCACUGCAACGCUUUGAGAAUUAAGACAACGUUCGUCUCUUCGAUCUAAAUAAUACUUCGGCGUGAAUUGGAAAAAUUCGGAGGUUUCAAGAUGGGUUGGAUCGGAGAGACCGUAGAUUCUAUCAAAUCUAUUCAGAUCCGUCAGCUUUUCACUCAAGCGAUCAGUCUAGGAAUGAUUGUUACAUCUGCUUUGAUCAUAUGGAAAGCUUUGAUGUGUGUCACUGGAAGUGAAUCUCCUGUGGUGGUUGUUCUUUCUGGAAGUAUGGAACCUGGUUUUAAGAGGGGUGAUAUAUUGUUCUUGCACAUGAGUAAGGACCCGAUUCGAGCAGGCGAAAUUGUUGUUUUCAAUGUUGAUGGUCGUGACAUUCCCAUUGUCCAUCGUGUCAUUAAGGUUCACGAGAGGGAAAAUACCGGAGAAGUUGAUGUUCUGACAAAAGGUGACAAUAACUAUGGAGAUGACAGACUUCUGUAUGCUGAAGGCCAGCUUUGGCUAAAUCGACAUCAUAUAAUGGGUCGUGCUGUCGGGUUCUUGCCUUAUGUUGGAUGGGUGACUAUUAUCAUGACAGAAAAGCCUAUCAUCAAGUAUAUUCUCAUAGGUGCAUUGGGUUUACUCGUUAUAACGUCCAAGGAUUGAGUCUUUUGGAAAGGAAUGAACUCUACAAAACCCUUUUAUUAAAGACUUGUUAUUUCAAUGGAAAAAGAAAGAAACAAAUCUAAAGACUCGUUUUUGUGGUUUAGAUAAACAGUAGAAUCAGAAGCUAAUUUUUACUC